GCUCUAAAGGAGAGACAGGAAGCAAAGGUGUGAAUGGUACGGGUAUCUCUGGGAUGACUGGCCCCAGGGGUCCGAAAGGAUACAAAGGAGAAAGAGGAAUCGGAAUAAAGGGUCAGAAAGGGGAUACAGCAAAUAUUGACCCAAGACAGCUGGCCAAUUGGAAACAGUGCGCAUGGAAGGCAGAAACGGAUACGGACAGUGGGAAAAUAAAGGAAUGUUCUUUUAACAAACUGCACCAAAAUACGGCCCUUAAAGUCUCAUACCAAGGAAACAUUUGUCUAGACAAUCCCUAUGCCAAAUGCAACAGAUGGUAUUUCAAGUUCAAUGGCAAUGAAUGCAGCGGACCUUUGCCAGUUGAUUCAGUCCUUUACACUUUUUACCCUGGCUCAAUGACCAAGAUCUAUCGUCCUCAUUUCUUUGAAGAUGAACUCUUCUUCCAGUACCAAUCCAACAAGUUUAUAAUCAACAGCAUCCAAUAUAACGCAGCGAUGCAGGAUUUCUUCUUGGCUGUGCUUAUCGCCGUCAGUUCCCUUAUGUACUUAUUAACAAAUGCCAACGAACUUCAAAGGAAUGUUUCAUCAUCACAAUGCAAGUCGUGCUCGUCGUGUGGAAUGCCAGGACUGCCGGGAAUGCCGGGAAUGCCCGGAUUCAACGGAAUACCGGGAACCCUAGGGAUACCAGGCUCGUCUGGUCCUUCAGGUCCGCCGGGAAGACGUGGCGACACGGGAGAAAAGGGUCGGCAAGGAGAUGCAGGAAUCCCCGGUAAACCUGGCUUAAGAGGCCCCCGGGGGCACAAAGGGCUGACUGGAGAAAAAGGAGAUAUUGGUAGCAUGGGGGAAAAGGGCAGUGAAGGAAUUCCCGGGAAAAUUGGUCCAAGAGGCUACAAGGGAUCUAAAGGAGAAACAGGAAGCAAAGGCGUGAAUGGUGCGGGUAUCCCUGGGAUGACUGGCCCCAGGGGUCCCAAAGGAUACAAAGGAGAAAGAGGAAACGGAACAAAGGGACAGAAAGGAGAUAGAGCAAAUAUUGACCCCAGACAGCUGGCCAACUGGAAACAGUGCGCAUGGAGGGCAAGAACGGAUACGGACAGCGGUAAAAUAAAGGAAUGUUCUUUUAACAAACUACACCAAAAUACGGCCCUAAAAGUCUCAUACCAAGGAAACAUUCGUUUACGCAAUUCCAAUGGCAAAUGCAACAGAUGGUAUUUCAAGUUCAACGGAAAUGAAUGCGGCGGACCUUUGCCAGUUGAUUCAGUCCUCUACACUCUUUAUAGUUCAACGCCCAACAUCCUGCGUCCUCAUUUCUUUGAAGGUUUCUGUGAGAAUCUCCCACAAGGAACGAUUCGCAUUGAACUCUGGGUAGGCAAGUGCUCUGGUUUGACACUGGGUAACGCUUACACAGGAUGGAAUUCAGUGUCCCGGAUCAUGAUUGAAGAAGUCCCACCAUCCCACUUAAAGCUUCGCGAUCCCUAUCCGAUGAAGAAUCAGUCUAGACAUGAUCCUAUUGACUCAGUGCCUCAUGAUCCCAAUUCUAUGGAGUUUCCGUUUAGUCGUGUUCCUAAUGACUCAAUAUUUCGUGAUCCCAAACCUGCGGAGCUUCGGUCUAGUCAUAAUCCUGCUGGCUUAAUGGUUAACUCUCCUGCUGACUAUAGCAAAUGCCAAGAGAUUUUAUUUAAUCCGGAAGGGUCAGGAAUGAUCGCUGCAGACGACCGAAAUGAUUUUGAGUUCCUCAAAGAACUACAUAGCGUUCUAGAAAAUCGAGAACGCAUGACAGCCUAUGUUAGAAAGUUCGAAGACUCACCCUUACAUUUGCUUGACAGCAUAAACCCCGGGGAUAGCGAUGAGGUAGUUUUCACGAAGAUGCUGCACGAGGUACGUUAUUAUAUCCGUUGUGUUCAGAACAACCUAGCGCUAACGGAGAUCGGUAGAAUAGAUGCAGAAAGUAAUAUGAUUAAACUACGUCAGGUUCACAAAGAAAUAUGUGAGCCAUCAGUGAUAAAAAAGGCCAUCCAAGACAUGCUUCACGAGUAUGCAAGAUAUCUCGUUCGUUAUGCGGAUACGCUACCAAAAGAUCUUUGCAAUUACGAGUUUUUUAACACCUUUGAACACUUGUGGGUCGACCAAGUUCUACCAAUGUUUAUAAUUACAACCCAGCAGCAUUCCGUAUCUGAUGGGGAGAACAAUGAAGACCAGUCAAAAAAUCUUGUUUAUGAAUCUGUACGAGGUGCUCAAGCAGUAGCAGGGAUCCCUGGGAAACCUGGUCCAAAAGGCCCUGAGGGUCCUAAAGGGCAGGUGGGGGAGAAAGGAGUCAACAUAGGCCCGAGAGGCUCCAAAGGAUUCAAAGGAAGAAGAGGCCCGGUGGGUCCGAAAGGCCAAAUGGGGGAGAAAGGAGAAAAAGGUGCGGGUAUUGCAGGGAGCAUUGGACCAAGAGGCCCUAAAGGAUUCAAAGGAGGAAGAGGCCUGGUGGGUCCGAAAGGCCAAAUGGGAGAGAAAGGAGAAAAAGGUGCGGGUAUUGCAGGAAACUUUGGACCAAGAGGCCCUAAAGGAUUCAAAGGAGGAAGAGGUCCGGUAGGUCCCAAGGGUCAGAUGGGAGAGAAAGGAGAAAAAGGCGCGGGUAUCCCAAGAAACUUUGGACCAAGAGGAAUCGCUAUAAAGGGACAGAAAAGAGAUGCAGCAAAUAUUGACCCGAGAAAGUUGGCCAACUGGAAACAGUGCUCAUGGAGGUCAGCAACGAGUACGGACAGCGGGAAAAUAAAGGAAUGCUCUUUUAACAAACUGCACCAAAGUAUGGCCCUUAAAGUCUCAUACAAAGGAAAUAUUCGUGUCUACAAUUCCAAUCGCAAAUGCAACAGAUGGUAUUUCAAAUUCAGUGGCAGUGAAUGCAGUGAACCUUUGCCAGUUGAUUCAGUCCUUUACGCUAAUCUUCAUAGCUCAAUGCCCAACAUCCAUCGUCCUCAUUUCUUUGAAGGUCUCUGUGAGAAUCUCCCACGAGGAACGGUUCGCGUUGAACUCUGGGUAGGCAAGUGCUCAGGGCUCACACUAGGUGACGCUCACACAGGAUGGAAAUCAGUGUCUGGAUCAUGAUUGAAGAAGUACUACCGUCCCAGUAGUCCUGUUAUCCGGCAGAACUGAAUAGACA